CUGGGAGGCACAGGGUUGGGGCAUGAUGUGUUUGUUCUCUCUCUGCCUUACCUGUCGGUUUACAAAAUAGGGAGGCACAGGAGAGGGGGCGGUGGCCAUUUUCUCUCCCUCUCGAAGUUUUCACAGAAUCAGAGGAUUCAGUAAUACACCUGUCGUUAAGCCGAAUUAAUAGAUUAAUACGUGUUUGACGCCUGUCUAUGGAAGCUCCUGCUUAACAUCAUGUGUUAACGAUUCGUUUGGAUAAUAGGCCUACCAAUAGGACAUAAAAAUGAAAAAGUCAGCGUUUUUUUUGGGUCGAAAGAACCAAUCACUUUUCGACACCAAUAUUAGAAUCAAGGAGAUGGACAAUGUUGAGCUGGUGUUGGACUCAUCAGCCAUUCCUGAAUCAGGCACUGCCAAAGUGAGGAACAGACCCACAGUAAAACACUUCACAUCCUCCUCUGAUGUUGUACAAGGGUUUAAUGUACCAACACCCAAAGUUCCUGUCCUCCCCCCUUUCAACAGACCAAAGAUCAACGGGGCAGUAAACGGCGAACGGUUGUCCAAUGGAUCUGCUGUAUCUGUACCUGAUUUGGUGGAGGGAGAGAUAUUUAUUCCACCUCCACCUUCGAUGGCCCCCCCACCCCCUCCACCCAUAUUCAACCCUCCCCCACCAGAUUUCUUGGGUGACCUCAACUCCAUUCAGCCUCCCUCCAUGCCCCCUCCAAAACCCCCAUCAAAACCACCAUCAAAACCACCAUCAGUUGCCCCCUCUGAAGGGGACAAGAAUGUUUUCACCUCCAUGAAACUUCCACCUAUGGCCCCUCCGAAGCCCCCGUCAACUUCCUCCAGUGCUUCUAGUUCCUCUUUGUCCAGUUCCACACCACCACCAACCACUGUCCCUGAUAUCACAGAGCCCCCAAAGUUUGCCCCUCCCCAGCCCCCUACAGACAUGAGGCAAGCUGCUCUGAAAGCCCUGAAGACACCGCCUACAAAGCCAAUGAGGCUGUCCUCCAUCCCCAUUAUAUGUGAACUCCCCCAGGUUCCAGCCCCAGCACCCCCUGUACAGAACCCUAGACCGUCCAGCUUCAACCCCCAGAACACAGCUAAGCUCUACAGUGUUCCUAAGACCGGCAUUCUAGAUAGGCAGGUGGAAGGUGAAAAUAAGCACAAGCAGAUCCUACUGCUGCAUGACCCUGGGUCUACUGACUCCAUACAUGUCAAUGGGACAGCCCCCUCUGUGGCACCACCAGUUAAGCCAGCCCGGAGAAACAGCUCAGGUAUGCAGCUGGAGCAAGACCUGAAGGAGUUAAAGGAUAAUUUUAAAGCCACCCUUCAAGGCCAACCCACCCCACCUGAGACUCGGGAGGAAGUGAAAGUGGGGCCUUUGCCUUUAUUAGCACAGCAGGCUAUCAACAAACCUGCCGAAACUCCCACUAAAGCAUCACCAAUGCUUCAGGUCGUCACUGCCCCUGUAACCAUAGAGGCUAGCCAGGUCAAACACAAAGUGUCUCCAAACCGGAGUCGCAAGUUCAGUCCAAUGCUGGACCGUAAACUGCGCAACCUAAAGUUCAGUGCGGUCACUGGGACGAGGGAGGGUCCUGCCACUUCCCCCCUGGCUCUUCUCAUGGCGGCUAAAGAGCGAGAGAAGCACAGGUCCAAUUUGUCACGCGAAAACAGCACAAAGAGUAAUGAGCCAUCCACCAGCAUCCAGCACAGCGAAUCCAAUCCCAAUUCUUUCACCAUCAUCCCCAGGUCCACCUCAUUCACUUCUGUGACCUCACAAGAUAAUCCACAGUCUGUGGUCCCAGUGCAGCCCCCAGUGGUGAUCCAGACUCCAGCAAAACCCCAGAUCAUUGAGUCAGUGGUGGAAAAUAGGCCAAUUGCAAAUCCAGUAUUUCAGGGGCUCCUGGCUGUGGAGAAACAAAGUGGAGAGCAGAGGAUUUCUUCCCCCUUUAGCCUUGUCAGGAAUGAAGAGAACAGGGAGGACCUAUGCUUGCCAUUACUCCCUCCCCCUCCCGAAUUUGAUGACCAUGAUGAUGUCAUGGAGUCUCCCCCCAGCUCGCCUCCACCUGACCCUCCCCCAAAGAAGGUCCUGGACCCCAUUCCCACCCCUACCUUUCCAGUCCUGCCCCCCACUGCCGGCCUUAUCGUUCCUGUCAAAACUCCCUCCCCUGCGCCCCCCCCUCCUCCAAAACCCAAACCUCCAAGCCCUCCCAAACUCCUGCCUCCCGUCAUGGAGAUCAAACCCAAGCUACCUGUUCAGACCACAACCAAGCCACCUCCCACCCAGGCGCCCUCUUCCCUCUCAGCCAGCCAGGCCACGCUCCUGACCAUCCUGCAGAAGAAGAUGCUGGAAAUGGACCACAAAAUGGACAACAAAAUGCUGUCCAUGAAGACAGACUCUGAUGACUGGGGUUCUCCCUUGUCUGAGGAGACCAUGAUCCCUGUUGUCCCCAGGGUCACCCCGAAGACCCCUGUUAUCACCGCAAAGAGCAAGAAUGCCACCUUAUCAGCCAAAACACAAGGCCUGGACAUGAAGGAGCUGGAGACUAAAAUGGCCAAGAAUUCUCAGGGUUUGUCAGCUCCAUCAAAAGUACCCAUCAGCAAUGGGCCACAGUCAAAGCAAGCGUAUGGCAUGACUUUCAUGGUACGACCCGGAACCAAACAACCAAUAACUGUUGUCAGCAAAGGGGUCUCAUCAUGAGGAGCCAACUCCAAAUUAUACCACACAUACAAUUUAAUUCAAUUAAAAUAACUUUUAUUUCCUGUGUGGUGACGGGUCUGUACAAGACAAAUAACAAAAUAGAACACACAAACGUACAGUGUAAUAGAUUAGGAGCAAUCUAUGCAAUCACAGGCUAUAUAUACACAUACAGUACCAGUGAAAGGUUUGGACACCUACUCAUUCAAGAGUUUAUUUAUUACUAAUUUCUAAAUUGUAGAAUAAUAGUGAAGGCAUCAAAACUAUGAAAUAACACAUAUAGAAUCAUGUAGUAACUAAAGAAGUGUUAAACAAAUCAAAAUAUAUUUUAGAUUCUGCAAAGUAGCCAGCCUUUGCCUUGAUGACAGCUUUGUACACUCUUGGCAUUCUUUCAACCAGCUUCAUGAGGUAGUCACCUGGAAUGCAAUUAAGUAUAUUAUGAUUUAACACUUUUUUGGUUACUACAUGAUUCCAUGUGUUAUUUCAUAGUUUUGUCUUCACUAUUAUUCUACAAUGUAGAAAAAAUAAAGACCCUGAAAUGAAUAGGUGUGUCCAAACAUUUGACUGGUACUGUAGAUACAAAUAAAAACAAGAAAUACAAGAGUUGAGUUUUAUGGAUGUUGGCACAAAACUAGAAGCUGCCCUCUUAGAGGUGUAUGCCAGAGAUCUAUGUCUGAGGGUAGGUGGCUAUACUGGUCAUGGAGUGUGUGCGUAAUGUCCAAGGCUAUUCGUUCCCACUUCUUCCUCACUAUUUUAUAUUUAUUUAUAGACGUCACUGAGGGGUUCCUGGCUUUCUCCAAUGAUUUUUAGUACUCUGUUCAACGGUAUCUUUGACUGCUGCAGUUUAAUCAGUGUGUGAUAGUAUACAUUGUGCUUUUGUUUUUAAAUCUAAAAAAAUAAGGCAAUCUGUUUUCAAACUAGCAGCUGUGAAUUGCCAAUCUUAAUGUUACUAUAAAAAGGACGUACAAAUUGUUUUGCUUAUAGGUUGUGAGUGCCACAGUACCUGUAUAUACUGUAUAUGUUAACAGCAUAAACGGAAUUGAAAUGUAGCCUACUAGAAUACAUUUAGAACACACAUACUGUAUAUAGUUCACUGUACUAAACGUGUUCCAUACAAUGGAUCACUAAAUAAAAGCAAAACAGUUGUCAGGCAUUUGCCACAUAAUGACAUUACUCUAGCUAUUGCGUCAGUUAUUAAAGCUGCUCAUAUAUAUAUCCAAAAAGUAAUCUAAUUAAAACCACGAUGCAUCAAAUACUGGAUGUGAAGAAAACUUAAGGGUUGGUAAAUGACAUUGGAGGAAGAAUAGUGUUCAUGUCUCCUGACGAGUGGACAUGGCCAUUCAUUUUGGUCAUGUCCUUUUAGAAUGUUUUAGAAAAAUAAACAUUAACUAUAAUUACCCUGAA